UUUCUUGAUAGGAUAGUCAGAAAAGGUUACAAACUUACAAACAAUCAGUCACGUGUGCAUUGUGCAUGUGCAGUGCUUAUCUAUAGUAGAAAAUUACAGUACUUUAAAUAAGAAGACAUGGAUGAGAUAUCUAAAGAUAAACGAUUCAGGCAUGUUGCCACAGAUCCGCGGUUUAAAAAAGUCCCAAGGAGUGAGUACAAGGUGAAAAUAGACAAAAGGUUUCAGUCUAUGUUUACAGAUGAGAGAUUCCAACUGAAGUACUCUGUCGAUAAACGGGGACGGCCGGUGAAUGAAACGCAAGCUGAUAACUAUAAAAAGUAUUACGAUUUAGCCGAAGAAUCAGGGUCUGAAGGCGAUGAUAAUGAAGAAAACGGUGAUCAAGCUUCGGUUGAAUCGUCUCAAGAAGAAUCAGAUGAUUCUGUUACUAAGGGAGAUGAAGAAGCGAACGAUUCAGACAAUCAACUCGAAAGUAACUCUGAAGUUAAGAACGAUGAUCAAUCUGAAAAACCAGAAUUGACGGCAAAAAGUAAACACAAAGAAGAGAAAAAGAGACUCCACAAACUUCUUGAUGAGGAACACAAAUCGAGGAUGAACGAUACGGUCAAAGAAAGGUUACAAGACAUGACAGUCGAUUAUGCUAGGGGAAUCGGGAUGCUGCAGUCUGAAAGCUCAUCUGAUGAACCUUCGUCUGACGAAUCGGAAAGUGAGUUCAUCGAACAUGCUUGGGGCGAACUCGAUAAGGACGCUGAACAAACAGACGAGGUUACAAAAAGACUUGCAGCUUGCCAUAUGGAUUGGGAUAGAAUCAAAGCAAAAGAUAUAAUGAUUUUGUUUCAUUCUUUCUUACCGGCUGAUGGGGUUAUUGAAUCUGUAACUAUCUAUCCAUCAGAAUUUGGACUAGCUAGAAUGAAAGAAGAAGAAUUGGAAGGGCCUAAAGAAUUAGUUAAGGACAAUAAAUUUGAAGAGUUUGAAGAAGACUUCGAUGAAAAGCAUUCUGAAGGGAGAACUUAUCACAGGGAGAGGCUUAGGGAAUAUCAGCUCAAAAGGCUCAAGUACUACUAUGCAGUGAUAGUGUGCAAUACUCCAGAAACUGCCAACAAACUCUACAAAGAGUGCGACGGCAUGGAAUAUGAAAGCAGCGCAACCAAAAUUGAUUUGCGCUUUAUCCCAGAUGAUAUGACUUUUGAUCAGGAGCCGAGAGAGGUUUGCCAGCAGCUUCCAGACUUGAUGAAGUACAAACCCAGACUUUUUGCAAACACUGCCCUACAACAAGGGAAAGUCGGUUUGACGUGGGAUGAAACGGAUCCAGACAGAAUAGAGUUCAACAAGAAGGUCGUAAGUGGUGAAUUAAAAGACGACGACUUGCAAGCCUACAUUGCUGCAUCUUCAGAUAGUGAUGAUGGAGAACCAGAAUUAGAUCUAGAGGAGCAACAUGACAAAGAUACUCAAAAUCUAGACCCGAUAUCAAAAUACAAAUCGCUUUUGGCUGACAUCCAAAAAAAGGAAGAUAAGAAAAAUAAUCGAGAUGAAGAAAUGGAAAUUUCAUGGGGAGCUGGAAUGAGCAGCAAGGUGAAAAUAUCUGAUAAAAAAGAUGAAAAUACUGAUGAUGAGGAAUUUGGUUCAUCUGAUGACGAAAUCAUAAAACAAAAAUCAAUUAAAACAAAACAAAAGGGGAAGAAGAAACAUAUUGAUGAAAAUGAAGAUGAAAAUGAUGAAAAUAAGGCGGAACUUGAGUUGCUGCUAGCAGGUGAUGAACCUGAAGAAAUGGGAAAAGCACACUUCAAUCUCAAAGAUAUUCAGAAAAAAGAGAGGAUGGAAGGAAAGAAAAAGAAGUGGCAGAAAAAGCAAAACAAAGGAAUGGAAGACGGGGAGGACAAUUUCAAAGUGGACCUUGCAGACAAUAGAUUUUCCGCUCUUUACACUUCGCAUCAUUUCAACAUAGAUCCGGCAGAUCCUCAUUUUAAGAAAACCAAAGGCAUGACGGAAUUUAUUGCUGAGAAGCAAAAGAGGAGAAAACUCAACCCUUCAGAUGUUCAAACUGUUAAGGAUAAUAGUGACGAACAGCUGAACCCCGAAUUGUCAAGUUUGAUAAAAUCCAUCAAACAAAAAAGUAAACCAAUUGGAUGAAGUUGUUACUUUAAAAUACUGUAAAUAUUACAUUGUAAAUAGCAUUUUAAACUUAAUACAUAUUUUACAUACAUUAA